GCUCCUUCUAUCUGUCCUUCCUCGCCGUGGGGCUGCCAUGUCCCCCGCAGGGGCUGUGGCGAGCAGAGCGGCUUCCCCAAACCCACAGACCAGCCUCUCCGACAGCACCCCUGCACCUGGCCCCGGGGAGGGGGGACUCCGCCCCAGGCAGGACGGCCGAGAGGCCGCACAGAACAGCGGUUUUCCGGGACGGAGGCAGGACGCCACCACGGACACAAACAAGCCUUUAACCCGGUGGUGCGUGUUGUUCGGGGAGCCCUGACCACGGCGACGUCUCGGGAACCGGGUGUGACGACAAAUGACACGGACGACGCGGGACUCGGCGGCGGGGCUGGGAGAGGCGGCGGGCGCGGGAGGGUCAGGCCUCGGGGUCGGGAGGCCCCCGGAGCGGGGGACGUGCCGACCGCGCUCGGUGUAGAAGGGAAGAAGGAACAACCGGGAGCGCCUUCACCGGAGGCCGCCUGGGCAGCGAGUUGGAAGAAACUUGAUUCUCAACAAGCCUGAGGCUGUAAUUAAAGCUCGUUAUUACCCCGUGAGGUUUUGCCACUCACGGUGCAAAGAUUUUAAUCCAAUACAGAAACUACAUGAGAUCACCUCUUUCGUGUUGUGGGUGGCAGAGCUUCACGCUGCAGAAAAAGCAAGCAGGCUCUCAACAGGAGAGAGGCUGAUCUGCGAACAAGAUGGCGACUCGUGCGGACAAAGCCAGGUGCGGCUGGCCUGGUGCUUCCGGGACACACAGGCUCCUGCCCCAGCAGAGUCCCCUCCAAGUCCUACGGAAGAGACGUUCAAGGACUUUACAGCCAGACCCUCCAUGUGGGGGAUGGCAGAAGAGGGGCCCCAAGAACCAGCGGCUCCACCAGGUCCUGAUCCUGACCCUGGGGGAGCGCUCGCUGGCUGUGUUCGGGGAGGAGACCCCCCUGCUUUUGACGGACGGUGAAGUUUCACAUGGAGGCAAAAGUAAACAUGUUGCUUUCAGUUGUGGCAAGAAAGAACUGCCAUGUUCCGACGAAACGGAUGGGACCCUCCAAAGACACGAACCUCGAGAACUGACUGAAGCAGCAGCAGAAGCUACGGCCAGCCUCACGCUGCACGAACUGACACCCCCGUCGCAGUCUUGCACACACGCAGGCGGCGGGGAGCUCUUCCUGACUCAACUCUGUGCGACCAGCUCUGCCCGGAUCCAAAGCCCGUCAGAAACACCACAGAACUGCGGCAGGACCCCUAGGAAUACAGCUGCAAAAUUCCUCGACAAAGAGAGAGUGAAUGGAGUCCGCUGUUGCAGAAAAAGGGUUCUACAGCACGACCCCGUGGAGUUUACCCCAGGACGGCAAGAAAAUGAUAAACUGGGCAGUGGCUGUGCCCGCAGCGGUCGCCCCCCGCCGCCAAGCAGGGUCGCGCCGUCCUUGGGAGCCAGGCCCGCAGCCUGGGCUGUGCCGGCCCCUUGAGACCCAGCCGGUGGAGGCAGCUCCGUCCUCCUGAUGAAAACAAACGGUGGCUGGAAGGCGUCAUGUGUUGUGCCGGCGGAGAGUGGGGCCCAGGACUCGCAGGCACUUCUAAGGGAUAAAAUCUGGACUCAGGCCAGCGGCAGGUCAAAGGCACGGCAUGAACAGGCCAGAACCUCAGUCCCGGGCUGGAUCCAGAAUCCAGAAUCUCAGGCAGUCUCUCCCUCGUGGUGCGGCCUGGAAGCCGGUGGGAAUUACGCCGCAGCCUGGGGCCCCGGGGAACCAGCUCCCCCGCCGCGGCCAGGAAGCCUUUCCCCAAGUUCUCGGAGCGCCGCUGUGUCGCACAACAUAGGUGUGAACUGCACGGGUCUGUGUACACCGGAAUUUUCAAAAAUCAAUACAAGACAGUGCUGUAAACGCAUUUUCCUUAUGAUUUCUUAGUAACGUUUUCUUUUUUCUGGCUUAUUUAACUGGAGGAACAGACCUAAUACAUGCCUUACUGUCGUUACGCUAUGAAGCUUCUGGCCAACAGACGGCUAUUAGCAGUUAAGUUUUUGGGGAGUCAGAAGUCACGCAUGGAUUUUCCUGCAGAGUCGGCUCCCUGAAACCUCACGCUGUCCGAGCGUCGACUGUACCUGGACGGGGUUUCCACGGUCCUGUGAGGACAGGCCCACCUCCUCCCACAGGCCACAGAGCAGACACCCGCUCUCCGCGGCAGCUCCCUCCGCCGCCUGAGCUGGCUUCCGUGACGCUCGGGGAGGACAGCAUCACCUGUGCUUGCCUGGAGCCUCCCUGGCUCUGAGACCCCUCACUCCAGCCCACACAUGUCCACCCCACGUGGACGGCUGUUAGCAGUUCGUGGGAACGCAGGGUCCACCACCAUCACUGGGCUUCCUCUUCGUGGGAAGCAUCCGUGGCCUGUCUGACCGUCUCAUAACUUGCAUUUUCCCGGGGACGAGGGGCGUGCAGAGCCCUGAAGCACACAUCACCAUUUUACACAGAACGAGCCAGGCUGGGUGGGUCCACGAAUCUGCACGUGCGGCAGGCCUCAGAGCUGUACCCCGAAAAGAGGAAAACAACCGGUUUUAUUUUACUAACAGCUGUGUUAACCUGGGGGCAACUAAGUGUUCUCACCCGUAAGUGUUUUUUCCAGGCAUCUGUUUACGAGACAAACUCCGAGACACAGAGGGGCUCGCACACACGCACACCGAGCCCCGAGGGCUUCUACUGCUCUGCCAACGUGGAGACGGGCCAGGGGGGAGGGAUCCGCCUGCGGUCCCCUGCUCCCUUCGGAAGCCCCGCAUCUCUCCGUGUGGACAACAGCGGCCACGGGGUCAGGAGAUACCCCCUCGUGGAGUUUUGUCUUUGGAAACUUGAGAAGAAAUGAGCCAGAGCGGGGCUGAGGCUGGGCACAUGGGCCCCGUCCCAAGCACCGUUUCCGGCACCGCAGACUGCCCUGCAGCCUGCGGGAGCCCGGAGGUUGGGAGGCCGGCAGGAUGGGGCCUGAGGGUUCAACAGCCUCUCAGAAAUUCACCCGACGACAGUUCCAGAGCUUUUAGACUGUGGAUGAAUCUUGUUUUAAUUUGAUGCUGUGUGGGGCGUGUGGGGGAAAGGGCCCAGCAGGCGGUGAGCGGGGACCGGGGGCGCCAAGGAAGGCCAGUGACCACUCCCAGCACCGUUGCCCCUCCUGCUCAUCCGCACUGUCUCCCUGGACUCGGGCUGCGGUGGGCACCACACACGGGGCUGGUCCGGCAGACACACAGCUCUGGAGGCCGGUGUCGGAGCCCCGAGAGCUGCUGCUGCCGGGAGCCACCUUCUUCCGCAAGCUCUGCCGUCACUUCUGACAAGGCCACUGGUCCCAUCACAGGGGCCUCACCCCAUGGCCUCCUCUAACCUGAUUGCCUCCCGAAGGUCCCCCAACUCUGCUGUUGAACGUGGGGGACACAGACAUGCCGCCGUGACAGGCACACGCUUCAUCUCCAGUGUGGGGGUGCUGAGAGCGCUGCUCCGUGGCCACCCCCAGACCCCUAACUGCCCCCAAGCUCCUGAGCGUGCAUCCGGCUGCCCACAGGCAUCUCCCCUUGGUUAUGGGACUUGUGUAGUUUCACUGAAGGAUGCAGCAAGCUACACACGUGUAUACACAGCUGGAGAAACUCACCCACGUGUGCACGCCCGAGCCACACACCACUCCUGGUUCUGAGCUGGCCACCCCUGCAAGUUUCCUCGCGCCUGGGCCGCCCCCCAUCCCCAACACAGGCAACCGCCGGUUCACUUUCCGUCACAAGUGGCGGCCGGCAUUUCCUAGGGGCUGUGCACUCGGGGUGCUCACGCCCACCCUCCUCCUCUCUGCUGUCCUGCGCUCCGUCAACCACGCGUGCUUUUCCACGCGCCUGCGGAUGGGCCCGCGGGCAGCCCAGGGCGUGUGGUCUCUGUGCAGACGGAGCACGUGGCGGGGAGCGGGGGUGGGUACGUCGGGUGCAGAACAGGAGCUCCUAGAAGACGGCUCUGCUGUCCCAAGGUUCUUUCUGCGCCGG